AUGUCGAGCCAGAUCCCUCGGCCAGGUCCGGCUAAUCUCUCGCUCAAUGCCGGUCUAGAUGAGUGGCUGGAGGAGGCUAAACAGUGCCAUUAUCUGCCUGAACGGGUCAUGAAGGAGCUAUGUGAGAUGGUCAAAGAGGUGCUGAUGGAAGAAUCCAAUAUUCAACCGGUUUGCACUCCUGUUACCAUUUGCGGGGACAUCCACGGGCAGUUCUACGACCUUCUUGAGCUCUUCCGUGUUGCUGGGGGAAUGCCUGGAGAGUCGAAUGUUCAGGCACCGAAGACAUCUACUAGCAUCAUCACGUCGGAGGAUAUUGAGCCGCCGACAGAAAUCACAGACCCCAAGCUCAAGAAACGCAUCAAGGCCCAAAGUUCGAACGGCGGAGCAGUUGAGGACGUGGAAGAAGAUGCAGCCGGUAUCAGCGCAGCUGGAUCGUCGCCUCGGCCUGAUUCGGCCGUUGAGGUUGGCGGCUCACAGUCCGCUGAGACCAGAUUCGUGUUCCUCGGUGACUUUGUGGAUAGAGGCUAUUUCAGUCUCGAGACAUUCACCUUGUUGAUGUGCUUGAAGGCGAAGUAUCCCGAUAGAAUCGUCCUCGUACGGGGCAAUCACGAAUCUCGACAGAUUACGCAGGUCUACGGGUUCUACCAGGAAUGUCAACAGAAAUAUGGCAAUGCUUCUGUCUGGAAGGCCUGCUGUCAUGUCUUCGAUUUUCUUGUAUUAGCCGCCAUCGUUGACGGCGAGCUUCUCUGUGUACACGGCGGUCUCAGCCCGGAAAUCAGGACUAUUGAUCAGAUUCGGGUUGUGGCCCGGGCGCAGGAAAUCCCCCACGAGGGCGCAUUCUGCGACCUUGUCUGGUCUGAUCCCGAAGAUGUCGAUACAUGGGCUAUCAGCCCGCGUGGCGCUGGGUGGUUGUUCGGGGACAAGGUGGCAAACGAGUUCAAUCAUGUCAACGGACUCAAGCUUAUUGCCCGGGCACACCAACUUGUAAACGAAGGCUACAAGUACCACUUUCCCCAGAAUUCUGUCGUGACCGUCUGGUCAGCCCCCAACUACUGCUACCGCUGCGGCAACGUUGCGUCAAUCAUGACGGUGGAUAAGGAUAUGAACACGAAAUUCAGCAUUUUCUCUGCGGUUCCGGACGACCAGCGCCAUGUCCCAGCUAAUCGCCGUGGUGCUGGCGACUACUUCCUCUAA